CAAAGGACUAAAAAUAUGAAAAAGCAUCAGUUGAAAUUUGUAAUUUUAUUACUAUUUGUAAUAUCAAUAACUGCUGAGAACGAUACGUCAUCAAAAAUCCCAUCCAAAGCUCAAUACGAAGAGAAAUUCUUAGCUAAACUUAACGCAAGAUGCCAACAACAGGACAAUAGUUCGUGUAUUAUGGCAAAGCUCCUAACAUUCAUGAACAAAAUGAUCAAGAAGCCAUCGUUCACGAUAAACAAGAAGCUAUCUUUACUGCAAACAAGCUUAUCAUCAAAAAAUGAAUCUGACGUGAUGUUCAAUAAAUUCAUCCAAGCGCGCAAUUUCCAAUCUGAUGAUACAGCAAUCAGCAUGUUAAUAGCUGAUAAGUUAAUAACAUUCAUAAAGAGUCGUGCAUUGAAAUGGAGGAUGACUGAUUUCUCAGAUUUACUAGUCUCAGCAACGGAAAAAGGUCGAAUUAAUGUCGGACUAAGUGUUGAUGCAAAGCGAGCUCUAAUUGAAGGACGUGGAAAAAUGAAGAACAGUGGUCCAAUUAUAGCUGCAGUUGUCUUAAAGGGUGCUCUUUUGGGACUUUUAGCAUUUAAAGCUCUUGCUCUUCUGAGCGGUAAAGCAUUGAUCGUAUCUAAAUUGGCAUUCCUUCUAUCAAGCUUAAUUGGCGUCAAGAAACUCUUAACUGGAAAGCAAAAGCACGUUACUUAUGAGAUUGUUGGGGAUCAUCAUCGAUAUGAUGUCCCAUUUACUCAAACGCAGCAGAAGCCAUUGACCCAAGCUGGAAAUACACCACAGCCAAGUGUUGGAGGGUGGCAGAGAGCAUUUGAUGACACGCUAGAUUCAUUUAUUGAAAAUUUUGCUCAAAAGCUUGUUAAAAAUCAAUAAUUUUGAAGAUGUUAUUAAGA